UAUAUCUAUCAAACUAUCAAAGUAUAAUAAGGGGGGAGGUGUUCCAACAGCUGCGUGUAGUCGAAGCGAGUGAUAGUGUCCAAAACUAAACCCGAAAUUCUGCUUCAUCAAUGGCGGAUUCAACCACAUCACAAAGCAGAUCAAGAGACCUCGAUAAGCUCCUUCUCCGACCCGGUAAUCUCGUCGGCCCGACUUUCGAACCCGGCACUGAGUUGAGAGAUGAUUUAAAGGAGUGUGUAAGAGUGUUAGUGAUUGGUGCUGGUGGAUUAGGUUGUGAAUUGCUUAAGGAUUUGGCUUUAUCUGGCUUUCGUAACCUUGACGUUAUUGAUAUGGACCGUAUUGAAGUUACCAAUCUUAAUCGUCAAUUUCUCUUCAGACUUGGAGAUGUGGGGAAACCAAAGGCAGAAGUUGCUGCCAAAAGAGUGAUGGAGAGAGUCAGUGGCGUAGAUAUCACACCACAUUUCUGUCGGAUUGAGGACAAACCUAUAAGCUUCUACAAUGAUUUCCAUAUUAUUGUUCUUGGUCUUGAUUCUGUUGAGGCUCGAAGCUAUAUAAAUUCUGUUGCUUGCGGCUUUUUAGAGUACGAUUCUGAUGACAACCCACGGGAAGAAACAAUUAAGCCUAUGGUUGAUGGUGGUACUGAAGGUUUCAAGGGCCAUGCAAGGAUUAUAAUGCCCGGUGUUACCCCCUGCUUUGAGUGUACAAUAUGGCUCUUUCCCCCACAAGUGAAGUUUCCCUUGUGUACUCUUGCUGAAACUCCUAGAACUGCUGCUCACUGCAUUGAGUAUGCGCAUUUAAUCAAAUGGGAUGAGGUUCAUAGUGGCAAAACAUUUGAUCCAGAUGAUCCUGAACACAUGCAAUGGGUGUAUUCAGAGGCUGUUAAGAGAGCAGAGCUCUUUGGAAUUCCGGGAGUUACCUAUAGUUUGACCCAGGGUGUGGUUAAAAAUAUCAUACCUGCUAUAGCAUCCACCAAUGCUAUAAUUUCUGCUGCUUGUUCUUUGGAGACCUUGAAGCUUGUCUCUGGAUGCAGCAAAACAUUAUCAAAUUACUUGACGUACAAUGGAGUUGAAGGUCUCCACACCAAAGUGACCGAGUUUGUGAGGGACAAAGAUUGUCUUGUUUGUGGUCCUGGUGUUCUCAUUGAGCUAGAAGCUUCAGUUACUCUGAAAAAGGAGAGGAGUGGUCAAAACCAGAUAAGCUUCAUGAAGCUGAGGAAGGAGGAACAAGCAAGCAAUCCUAAGGUCCCUAGAACCUGUUGAAAGUGAAGAGAAAAACUCGUCCAUAAAGGUUUAAUCAUGUCUGAGAGCCAAUGUACACAACCUCAAAGGCAGAGUAAAGCCAAGUACACAACCUCAAAGACAGAGUAAACUUAAUCUUCACUAUGAAUAAUUUUGCAUCUUAACCACCCAAUAUAAUAUAGUAAAAGAGCCCACUUAAAGAAGGAAAUAAAGCAGAAAAUGGAAUUUAUGGGAUAACUUGGCAGCUGCAUCAAUUACAUUAAACAAUAAUCAAAGUAUGGCAUCCUUUUCCUGAAAGAAGAAUCUCUUGUACAGCAGAUAAGUUGGAAAUUAAAUGCUUCAACAUUCAUUGUGCUAUUAAUAUUGGAUUGCUUGUAGUCAAAGUUGGAAUAAUCACUUGGGAUCUGAUCAUAUCUUUUGUGGUGGUUGGGGGGCGGCAAUAAUACUCCCACUGCUUUGCCCCUUAUGAAUGUCUGGAAGAAUCUGUGAUUGUUGGCUGCAUCUCAUUCGUAUAGUUUCUCUGUUUAAGAGUUGGUACAUUGAGUUAUCUGCCAUAAAAAUCUCGUUGGAAGAUGCCUAUAUUGUGGAUUUAAAUGCCUUUUUGUCAUCAGCGUGAAGACUAUAAUUUGAUGCACUUAACUUCAUGAUGAUUUCGUCUUCUUGUUUGAGCAUGUCAGAUAUCCCACCACAAGAAAAGGGGUAAUAAACUGAUGGGUUGGUGAUAUAAGUAAUAAUGUGUGAGCUUUUGUCUCUUUCU